AGUUGUGUGCGUAUGAUGAAAAGAGAAUAUACUGCCCUCUCGUACCGCCCACUUGUUAAAAUGUCUCAGCUGAUUGGACUGACUGGACACAUUUGGCUGCCAGAUGAUUGGACAACAAUUAGUCUGUCAAUUAGUAUAGUUUGGUUGAAGUGUGGCGAUUGUUGAUGUCCUUCUGUCAUAAAUCGUUCAAGUAUCACGCUAGAGCCAGAGCUAGAGCUAGUGGAAUCAAGAAAGAAACCUCGGGAUCAGAAGUAUGAAUGCUUUUAGCGGUAUGCAGUUCUUGGGGCGUCUCUUGGACACUGUGUCCUCUGUCUCCAACUUGUUCUCCAACCCAUACCGUGUGAGGGAAGUUCCACUGUCUGACUACAGUGGAGGGGGGCGGACAAGGCUGAAGGACGAUGGCAAGGUAGUUUUGUACAGAAAUACACAGUCAUGGGACUGCCUGCUGCUGUGUCCGGAGACACCUGCAACUGCACUCAGGUUGUUCCAAGUCCCCUCUGAAGAGGAUGCUAUGAACUGGUACCCUCAAUAUGCCCUCAAACUCCGGCCCUUCUAUGAGAUGCUCCCGUCAUUAAAACCUGAGACCAUACAGCCAAUAGUGGACUGCAUUCGCAACCAUCCCGACUGGAGCUCCGCCCAUAUUGCUGUGGAUACAGGAUUAAGAGACUGCUUGAAACACAAUUAUGUUCUGAGUCAAAUCAAUGCUCGUGAUGGCCAGGGUCAAACACCCCUACACCUGGCCUGUGAGCGAGGUGAUGUUGCCUGUGUUAGUGAGCUUCUCGACGAGUGCCAGGCUCGCACCGACAUCAAAGACAAAAAUGGAGAUACGCCCAUGCACUGUGCUGCUAAGCAGGACACAGCAGCCGUCAUAGAGGUGCUGUGCUGCCGUCUGUGUGCCGGGGUGAACGAACUCAACCUGGCAGGUGAGACACCCCUCCACGUGGCCUGCCGCCAGGGACGCACCGAGGCGGUCAAGGCUCUGCUGGGCAGCGGGGCCAAGUGCGACGUUCUUGGAGGCCACUGUUACCCCAUUCACGCUGCUAUGAAGUACAGCCAGAAAGGCUGUGCGGAGGCCAUUUUGACAGCUGACCCUGCUCAGCUCCAGGCAGAGGACCACACGUAUGGAGGCACUCCACUGCACUGGGCCAAGACUUCUGAGAUGACUCGGAUGUUGCUGGAUAGAGGCUGCAAUGUGAACUACCUCAGCAAGACAGGGGAGAGCCCACUCCACAUCCUGACCAAGAAGGAUCGCUUUGAGGCAGCCAUGGUCCUGCUUACGCAUGGCGGUGACGCCAACAUCCGUGGCCCAGACGGAAACACUGCCCUUCACCUGGCCAUGAAGCUGGACCACAUGGACCUGAUAAAGGCUUUGAUCGUGUUCGGAGCAGAUGUGGAGAUCCACAACGACCUGGGGGAGACGCCAGGCCUCAUCGCUGCCCGCAGCAGCAAAGGCCCCAACAGAAAGAUUCUGCUGGACAUGCUAUGUAGUGUAGGAGCCGAGCGCUGCCACCCCCCAUCCUCAGAGCUGCUCUCCCCCAACAGGAGAGUGACCAGUCCUGGCAUAGGGUUUGAGGACCUCAUGCACGUGUCUGCUACCAUCUCAGCCAUGAGUGGGGGCAGGAUGGAGGUGGAUGGGAUCAAACCAGGAAGCAGGAAGCUGGACAGGCUGCUGUGUCUGGACGGAGGCGGGAUCAAGGGCCUGGUUCUGAUCCAGUUGCUGAUUGCUCUGGAACGAGAGGCUGGUCGGCCAAUCAGAGAGCUCUUUGACUGGGUGGCGGGAACUAGCACUGGAGGCAUACUUGCUCUGGCUGUUAUACAUGGUAAGUCCAUGCCGUACCUGCGCUGUCUGUACUUCCGCAUGAAGGAGCAGGUGUUCAAAGGCUCGCGGCCGUACGAGUCGGCCCCUCUGGAGGACUUUCUCAAGAAGGAGUUUGGAGAGAACACCAAAAUGACCGAUGUGAAACACCCCAGGGUGAUGGUGACGAGUGUCCUUGCGGACAGACAUCCCGGGGAGCUGCACAUCUUUAGGAACUAUGACCCCCCAGCCCUCCAGUGUGACCCACCGUAUGCCUCCACUGCCACCUUUAAGCCUCUCACCAUCCCAGAAGGAUGGGAGGAUGAGGAUGUGUUGAUAGUUGGAUACACUGUGGAACCCCCCAGAAAGCGUAGGAAGGUGACUGAUGAAGAACAAUUGGUAUGGCGUGCUGCCCGCUCCAGUGGUGCCGCCCCCACCUACUUUCGGCCAAUGGGCCGCUUCCUGGACGGAGGGCUGCUGGCCAAUAACCCCACUCUGGACGCCAUGACCGAGAUUCACCACCACAACAAGGCCCUGAAGGCCCAGGGGAGAGAUGUGGAGGUGCGGAAGCUGGGUGUGGUGCUGUCUCUGGGCACUGGGAAACCCCCUCAGGUGGCGGUCAGCUCCGUGGACGUGUUCCGGCCCUCCAACCCCCUGGAGCUGGCCAAGUCCUUUGUUGGAGCCAAAGAACUGGGCAAGAUGCUAGUGGACUGUUGCACGGACUCUGAUGGCUGUGCCGUGGACCGGGCUCGUUCCUGGUGUGAGAUGACGGACAUAAUCUACCACAGGCUGAGCCCUCAGCUGUCCCAGGAGGUGUUGCUGGACGAGGUGAGCGACGCGGUGCUGGUGGACAUGCUGUGGGAGACGCAGAUGUAUCUGUACGAGCAGAGGGCCCAGAUCCACACACUCGCCCAGCAGCUGCUGCAGGCCUGAACCUACCUGACCACACCUGACCAAUCAGAUGUGGUCAUACAGCAUGGAGUAGAGAUAGAGGCUAGAGAGAAGGAUGUGUGUCUGUAAUGGCCCAGUAAGAUGGACUCUGACAUUAACAUGACCUAACACUAACUUGUCAGUGGGGGGAGGGAGACUGACCGUGAUUUUCAGGGAAAGGAUAUAUAUUGGCUGUGUGUGUAUUGUGUGUUUGUGUGUGUGUAUUGUGUGUAUUGUGUGUGUGUGUGUGUGUGUGUGUGUGUGUGUGUGUGUGUGUGUGUGUGUGUGUGUGUGUGUGUGUGUGUGUGUGUGUGUGUGUGUGUGUGUGUGUGUUAGAGAGCAGGCAAAAUUGUAACAGAUUUCUGCAUUUUCUGCUCAUGUGGUUCUUCCAUCGGGAGGGAAGAGAGGAUCUGUUUAUUAUGCUACAUGUCAUGGACAAAACUGCAUUCUAAUAACAAUCAUGACUGUAGCCUCAAGACGAAUGUUACAACUUGAUAAAUAGAAGUUAAUGCGCUGCGCUGCACAAUGUGGAAGUAUGUCUAUUCAAGCCUGGGACCAGAAGCUUGUCAUGCAGAAGGUGAAUGACAUGCGGUGGCUAUGCAGAACAAACUAGCUCCACAGGACAAACUGGAGUCUGGGCAUUCCAUUCCAUCAUUCAUUUGUUCUGUUUGAAGUUGUUCAGACAUGUUCACUGGUCUAACUCGCUCUCUAUAACAGAGCUGUAAUUGAAGUUUACAUGACUGUGCAAAAACCCUUCAGAUAUCCUCAUCAUAUUGAAAUAUUUAAUGUCUCCUGCUUGACUGUUCUCAGUGCUGUCACUGUCAGAGGCGGAGCUAUGUCUAUGCAUAUAUUAUCUCCAUUUUACAUCUUGACAAAUAUAAAUUAUGUAAUAUUAUCCACAUCAGUUAUACAACAUAAUUCCAUAAAUACAUAAUUUUGUGUACAAAAUAUUGAUAUAUUAACAUGAAUUAUUCAUGUAUUAUUAAUAUACAGCAUUAUUUUUUGUUUGUAUGGAUGUAGAUGUAUUACCUCUGAAGCGGUGUGUUGGUGAAAUCAGAGAUUUCAAAGCUCCACCUGUGGUCUGCUCCAGGCCUUCUCUUUGCACUAUUCUAGUCUUAACACCAAAGUGACAUGUGUUUCCCCUUGAAGGAGUUGCUCUCAUGUUUUGUACUAGUUUAUUAAACCCGUUAUGAAGUGAUGAUUAAAAUAUGGAUCAAACAUUAAACCUGUGGAAUCUACCCUCUCAA